UGGUCACUUGGGUAUUUUUAGUUUUGGUGCAUAUACAUAAAGAUUUCCUUUUUAUUGUCUUAGAUACUUAGAUUAUGGUUAGAGCUUGAUUGGAUUUUGGUUUCUUGUUUGUUGGAUGCUUUGUUCAUUUUCCAUUUUUGGGGUGGGGGUGGGUGGUGGUGGUUAUGUCAUUUCCAAGGAUUUGGUUUUUGGUUACUUGGGUAUUUUUAGUUUUGGUGCAUAUAUAUAAAGAUUUCAUUUUUAUUGUAUUAGAUACUUAGAUUAUGGUUAGAGCUUGAUUGGAUUUUGGUUUCUUGUUUGUUGGAUACUUUGUUCAUUUUUCCUUUUUUUGGGUGGUGGGUGGUGGUGGUGGUUAUGUCAUUUCCAAGGAUUUGGGUUUUGGUUGGUUACUUGGGUGUUUUAAGUUUUGGUGCAUAUAUAUAAAGAUUUCAUUUUUAUUGUAUUAGAUACUUAGAUUAAGCUUAGAGGUUGAUUGGAUUUUGGUUUCUUGUUUGUUGGAUACUUUGUGUUCAUUUUUGCUGUUUUGGGGGGCUAGUUAUGUCUAAAGAUAUGGUUUUGGGUAAUUUUUCGUUUGGUCAAUUACAAAGAUUUUAUUUUUAUGGUGCUAGAUUAUGGUUAGAGCUUUGAUUGCUGGAUGCUUUGUUCAUUCUUGAUGAGUUUGGGGGAUGGUUAUGUCCUUUUUUUGGGGUGGGGGGUUGGUUAUGUCCACUUCCAAAGAUUUCAUUGUUUUAAUUGAUUGGAUUUUGGUUUCUUGGUUGUUGGAUACUUAAUUCAUUUUUCUGUUUUAGGGGGUUGGUUAUGUCCAUUAUCAAAGAUUUUGGUUUUGGAUUUCUUGGGUGGUUUUAGUUUUGUUCCAUUUUUACAAAGAUUGCAUUUUUUAAGACUGGAUUUUGUUUUCUUGGUUGUUGGAUACUUCAUUCAUUUUGCUAAGCUUUGGGUUGGUUAUGUGCAUAUAUACAUUUGCUGUUUGAUACAGUUGGCUUAACUUAUACAGACAAUCUUUUAGGUAUUGAUUGAUAGAUUGAUUUUGAUUUAGUUUUUUCGGUUACUUGGGUGUUUUUAGUUUUGGUCAAUAUUUCCAAAGAUUUCAUUUUUAUGUCCAAAGAUUUGGUUUUGGGUACUUUUAGUUUGGUCCAUCCCCAAAGAUUUCAUCUUCUAGUGUUAGUUUAUGCUUGGAACUUGAUUGGAUUUUGGUUUGUUGGCUGUUUGUCACCUUGUACUAUCGGAAACAGCCUCUCUACUUCUCCCGAGGUAGUGGUAUGAUCUAUGUACACUCUACCCUCCGCAAACCCCACUAGGUGGGAAUACACUGUUGAGCUUUUUCUUGUGAAGAAGAAGAAAAUGGCAUUGGGGACCAAUUGUGAAGAUUUGGGGUUAGGCAUUGUGAGGAGUACCUCGUUUGGGCGAAAAAGAGUCACUUUAUCGAACACAGUUGACGUCGACUUCAUUUCAACAACACCAACGAAGAAAUUUUGCAGUCAGAAUUCGUGUUCUACGAAUGAGAAAUCUGUCCUUGAAGCCUUGCCUAAAGAUAUCUUGAUAAAAAUAGUAUGUGGAGUUGAUCACGACGAUUUAAAGAGGUUAUUUCAUGUAUCAAGGGCACUUAGAGAAGCGUCCUUGAUGGCGAAAGGAUGGCAUUUUGACUUCAGCACACCCCGAAAGACACUUCCUUUGCGGAAUGCUCUUGAUGUGGAGGAGUUAGGUGAUACCAAUGAGUUAGAAGCAGCGCCAAAUGGUCCAAUGCAAUCGAGGGUUGCAAGGUCUCGGUUGAGCAGGAAGAAGCUGGCUGACAUUUCGGUAGCCUUGUUUGCAUCAGACAGUUGAGGAAGUAGGCGAAGACGUUAAAGUUCUGAACUCAAACCCAGAUUAUGUACAGGUAUUGCUAUCGUAGAAACUCAAAACGGACAUCUAACAUCUCGAUGCCCUUGAUUAUCAUUUACCGGCUCUUGAAAGUACAUGAAACGAGAAUGUAGUAGGAACUCAAAACGGAUACCUUGGUCAAGUGAACGACAUGAGUGGAGAAAUGUCACCGGAUUUGAUCAUUGAUAGACGAAGCUCUCUCUUCAUCAUGGCAUCCCCUUACGUGGUUCGCGCCUAGUGCCCAGUGGAAGUCCCAGAUUGACAACGGGCACCAAGCACGAUAGCAACGCGAACCAUGGUUAUAACAUUAAUCAGAGCCAUUGACCCUUUCAUUGAAGAUUAGUUGUGUGGCUUGUUUGUACAUGUAAUAGCAUAAGAGUUCUUUGUUGUAAAUAUUUGAGAAGUUCACUGUUUAAUGGAAUGAAAGUAUGUUCUUUGUUCCAAA